AUGACGAAAACAGUCACGAUACCCGAUGAUGAAGUUGUAGACGAUACCACUACAACUAGUACGCUCACUACAGAAUCGUACGAGAAAAGCUGCAUUGAAAAGAAACUUGAUUUUUUAAAACUCGCCGUAAAUAUGAGUGUUGCUGCUGCUGUGUUCUAUGGUAUAUGCUCUGGGUCAAUGCCGUUCAUUAAUAAAAUUGUGGUGACAACGUAUGACUUCCGGCAUCCGAAUUUCAUUAUGCUUGGCCAGAUGAUUUUUACCGCAUCGCUGUUGGAAAUGUUACGGAAAUACGGCAUUGUGGACGUACCGCCAUACAGCAUAGCACUUGGAAAAGACGUUCUCAUCGCUUCUGUCUGCUACACAUUCCAUUCCGUUUUUGCCCUGAGUGCCCUUGGUGAUAUGAAUAUACCGAUGUACAACGUUAUUAAGCGAUGUGUUCCUCUAGUGAAUCUGAUUCUGGCGCCAAUUAUUUUAAAGAAGGGCAGACCGUCAUUAUGCAUGGUGUGUUCCGUUACCCUGAUUACCGCUGGAUGCAUUGUAGCCGGUCAGUUCACAAUCAAUUCUUAUUACUCUAAAAUUUUGUAUUGCAUGGGAGGCUGUCCAUGUGACUCCGCUAUGUAA